AUAUCGAUGCUUGUUUGCUGUCAAAAGUUAUUGUCAAAAGUUGUUUCGCGAAUUUUCAGUUCAAGGUGUUCGAGAAGAUUAAACGUUUAGCUAUCAGAGAAAAAUGUCGCUUUUUGGCUCAUUAAUGGGUGAUAUUGAAGACGAUCCGUUUUUCGGAUCGCAUAUGCGUACAAUGAGACACAUGAACAGCAUGAUGAACUCACUUUUCGCUGAUCCCUUUGGCAUGAUGGGAGAUUUUGGGGAUUUCGACAAUAGAGCUCUGACACAUAGAGGAAUGCACAAUUCGUUGAUGCCAUUUUCAAUGCCUCUGAUGCCAAAUGUUAACCGUCUCCUCGGCGGUUCUUUGGACUCGCUGGGAAAUCCUUCAUCUCACAGCAGUUUUAGCAGUAGUAGCACAGUUAUCAGUAUGACAUCCGGGCCUGAUGGAAGACCGCAGGUUUACAAAGCGACUUCCAGUACUCGCGUAGCUCCGGGAGGCAUUAAGGAGACUCAAAGAACUGUUACUGACACCAGAUCGGGCACAAAAAAAAUGGCAAUAGGCCAUCACAUCGGUGACAGGGCUCACAUUAUCGAAAAAGAACAAAACAUGCACACUGGCGAUAGGGAAGAGAGGCAGGAUUUCAUUAAUUUGGAUGAGGAUGAGGCGGAGGACUUCAAUAAGGAAUGGGAAACCAAAACUCGCAAUCGUUCAGAAAUUCCUAGGAUCACAGGCAGUUCAUCCAGAAAUCGCCACUCAUACGGCGGGCACUCCAGCGUUCCGGCUAUAACAGCAGGCUCUAAUAGUCGAAGACAAAAGGAGAGGUUGGUCACCACAUCGCCAUUGGUCAGCGCACGAAGAAGUAUUAGAUCCCCGAAACUGGCAUUGCCGUCGAGUAGCCAAUCAAGGUACUCACGACAUUAGUCCAAUUUUCUAACAUGGAUAUUUCAUCAUAUGCUAAUUCCUUAGCUGCAUCCAGAACUCCUUACAGUCCACCAAAUCAAGUGCAACAGUUGAGAAAAAGCAAGAACAUCAAAACUGUUUCGGGGAGUCCACCGCCAGCAGAUAUGUAAAUUAUACCAAAAUUUUACAUUCAAUUAAAAGUAUUGUAAUAUUAAAUGGAAAAUAUUUUUCUUAGCACAAUCAUAACAAAAAGGUUUUGUUGAAGGAUGUGUUUGUGAAAAUUUAUUGAUUGUAUUUGACGAAGGAUUUUUUUCUCUAAAAAAAUAUUUUUUUUUUAUAUAGAGUGGUCUUUUAUUUAUGUUAGUUUAAUUUAGAUGGUUUCAGUAGAUAAUUGAAUAUUGAAUAUGGUUUAAAUAUAUAUUUGUAACGGUUUAUUUGUAUUUUAUACUACUCUAUUUUAUGUUCAUGUCAAGGUACAAAAUAUAUUUGUUAUACUUUAGGUUGACUAUUGAAAUUUAUAAUUUUUGCUAUCAUAAUUAAGAUCCUCCUUCGUAUUCCUUAAUUUUAAUUCAUGGAUAGUGUAGGAUUACUAUGCUUCAUUGUGAGCACCUUUUCAGGUAUUGUUGUCAUGUAUGAUGUAUUGUUUGUCAGGUGAAUUGUGUUGUGUUGGAAAUUGGUGAGAUUUAUGCUAUUUAUGCAUCUGAUUUAGAUCUAGAAAUAAAAUGUAAUAUAUAGUUUAAGUUGAUUAUGUAUUCCCAAUAGGUUAAAAUAAAUGAUUAUUCAGUUA